ACGGCUACCGCCGGCUCCAACCUAACUCUUUCAACCACUCCACACCAGCUGAACGACGGCAUUGUGCGAUCUGUGUGCUCCUCACAGCAGCACCCCACCAUGUCCCCUUUCAUUGAUGCCACGACUGGGACCGCGUGCACCAUUGCCCUUACCAGCGGCAACGAGCUCAACCCGAAGGCAGCCCCUCCGCCAGCAGUGGCUCCAUUCAGAUGUUCCACCCAGGAAGCGGUGGUGCGGUUGGUUAAAGAUCUUGAACACACACAACAGCUUGGAGUGAUUUGUUUUUGUGCGUGGCCUGGUGGCCGCCUUGCAGGCCAUCCCAUCCCACUCCACUGCAUUUUAGCGCGUCCAGGUCCUUGCGCUCUUGACAACUUGGCAGCCUAUGUUUGA